ACUGGUGCUUGGGAUGUCAGUAUGCCAGGAUCCCUACAUGGAUCAAAAUGCUGGCGUCGGAAUCCCGACUGCCGGCAUCCCAAACUAUGUGCCUGUGAAAGGGGACCAUGUCAUUGGGAUUGUCACCACUAAGUCCGGAGAUAUUUUCAAACUGGAUGUUGGGGGCAGUGAUCAAGCAUCAUUAUCAUUUUUAGCCUUUGAAGGUGCCACUAAAAAGAACAGGCCAAAUGUUAAGGUCGGAGAUCUUGUUUAUGGUCAGUUCAUCGUUGCUAAUAAAGACAUGGAGCCAGAAUUGGCAUGUAUAGACAGCUCCGGGAAAGCCAAUGGGAAGGGCGUUAUUGGGCAAGACGGCCUCAUGUUUAAAGUCUCCUUGGGACUAGUAAGAAAGCUUUUAACACCUCAGAACGAGAUUAUUCAGGAGCUAAUGAAUGUUUUCCCAAUGGAGAUGGUUAUUGGCAUGAAUGGACGGAUAUGGGUGAAGGCUAAAACUAUCCAACAGACUAUAAUUGUAGCAAAUAUACUGGAAGCUUGUGAAUAUUUAACGGCUGCACAGAGAAAGCAGGUCUUUGCAAAGUUCUCAGCAUUAGCAUUACAUAUAUACAGUAGUAUGGCUGAUAUUCUGGGCCUGGCAGAGCCAUAUUGAUACUUAUUAAAGUUAGGCUAUAUACACACUAGAACGAUGUGAUACGAUAAGAUAUUGUAUACAAUUCACUUGCUCUCCCGGAAAUGUGAUAUCUUAUGUAUACAAUAUACGAUGUGACAUAAGAUCAUAAGAUAUCUUGCAUCGUAUACCUCGUACACAAAACCAAAACCAUAUGUGGGGAGCAUCACCCAAAAUCUCACCAUCAAGCCUGCAUGCAGGACUAUUAGACGAUGUGUCAUAAGAUGCACUGGAGUGUGCAUCUUACGACAGAUCGUGUAUACACGGUAUACAUUAUUGUACUGAACUAAAUCGUAACAGUCGUGUACAAUAUUGCGUAAUGUGUAUGCGCCCUUAAUAUGCUAUUAUUUUGAGUGAUGUAAAACUGU